AUUAGAAUGUACCUUAAGGAUGUCUAAACUGGCCCUUUAAGAACGAAGCGUCAUUAAUCAUUUCCGGGUUAAAGGACGUCAACAUGGACACGGGAGAUGUCCUCGCCUCUCUGGGUGUGGAAGGAGCUGCCGCCGCAGCACAUGCGCUCUCGCUCCCCGCCGAGGCCUAUGGCAAUGACGCUCAGUUGGAGGUGUUGUGGGCGAUGAAGGCCUACAAUCACGCAGAAGUUUACUUCAAUCUCAUAUCAUCCGUGGACCCGAAAUUUCUGAAACUCACAAAAGCAGAUGAUGCGAUCUAUACCAAGUUUAGGGAAGACUUUCAAGACUUUAAUGUCAAGAUCCUGGAUCCAGAACUGCUCAAGUCUGCAGAAGCGAAAGAGAAAUGGAGACCUUUCUGCAACCACUUCGAAAGCCUGGUCGAAGACUUCAACUACGGAACAUUACUCCGUCUAGACUGCGAGAAGGACUACACAGAGGAGAACACGAUAUUUGCCACCAGAAUCCAGUUCUUCGCCAUCGAGAUUGCGAGAAACCGAGAAGGUUACAACGAUGCCGUGCACAACGCCAGAGUGAAGGCAAAACAGCAGGGGAAAGAGCAGAGUUAACCCCCUACAGAAUCGCAUUUUUCCUAUUUUAGGCCUUGUUCAUAUUAACGGUCAUGACAUGAUUUAUUUCACAUAAUGUAAAUGGUUCUGUUUUUAGGCAUGUAAAACUGAAACUCUCAGUACAAGUAUUUCUAUAAUGAGAUUUCUGCCAUUAAAAAGUAUUUCCAUGUGUUUAGUUUUUUAGUCUACUUGCUUUUGUCCUGUCAUUACAAUAAAAAACAACCAAACAGGUUUCAGUAUUUAAAAUGUAUGUUACUUCAUGUAGAAUUGAAUUACCUUGGGCUGCUUUUGCAAGUUAUGUGCAUAUUAAAUUUCCUUUAAACUUA